AUUGGUAUUAAUAUUUUUUGUUUAUUUUCAGGUGCCAAGUCUGUGACUAAAGCAAUGAAGAAAGUUGCCUCAGGACCACGGAGGGAUGAGGGCUCAAAGUGGUUUUUUGAAUUGUCCGACAAAGUGAAAAGUACAAGGACUCAUGUGUACUUCUGCAUGAAGAACAGUCCACCCAAUGAUGAAGAAUUUCAGGGUACACUGUUGAAUGUAGUUGACCAUUACCAGGGUAAUCAUGUCAGAUGCCAUGCAGAGUCAUGGUGCAAGCAGAAUGGCUAUGUGAUGAGCAAAAAACUGUUAACUAAACCUGAAGCAGUAGCUGCAUACAGGAAAGCCAUUAUGAGCACUUCAAUUUAUAGGCAUGCAUCGGACUACAUGCGGUGCAGGGGAACAUAUUGGAUUGAGUCUCUCCAUUCAGUGAUGCCCAUUUAUGCUGCAAAGCGGAUUCAUUAUGGGGAUGACUCAUACAACAUGCGCAUGGAGUUAGCCAUUCUUGAUUGGAAUGAAAUGUGAAUCGAGAAGCAUCGUCUCUACAGAUGUACAAACAUGCCAGGCAUCCAAAUCGCCUGGCAGAGACCAGGGUGCUUACUUUAAAGACAUUUCAUUUCAGAGAAACUAUCUGGUCUACCUUUUUUAAUAUAAACAAAUGAUGUCUCAUCUGUUUUCCAUCGCACCACAGUUUCUGUGAUAAUUACAACUAGCCCAAAUGUCCUGUAAAAUAUGUGAGGUCAUUAGGGAGGACCAAUUCUACCAACUGCUGGUACUAAGUGAUGAAAACAUGAGUAUUAGGUUUGACACUAGGUAUUUUCUAAGCAGACUCGUUCUCUGUUUCCUCUUGUUACUUUCCUCUGCACUGUGUAUCUUUUCCUAACUUAUAGGAAAGUCACUAUAAUUUGCUGUGUGCACAUUAUAAAAUGGACCAUAAACAA